GGUGAUGGCUCAAAGUCCAUCAAACUGAAUGAUGGGUUGAAUUUGGUUGAAAUAGAGGUGGGAGCCGAGGAUGGCACCUCCAAAAAAUAUUGCAUUGAGGUCACAAAACUGUCUGCGAGGACUGCAGAGUUGAGUGACCUUACAAUUGAAGGAAAUGUUCAAUUACAACCUACAUUUUCAGGAAACAUCUAUGAUUACUCAAGCACAGUUCCUUUCUACUGUAAUUCGGUGACCAUACUUCCCAAAGUUCCUGAUAAAAACAUGAAAGUUUCAGUCAAUGAAGAAAGUGAUCCUCAACCUUCUCCAUUGACUGUUGGAGAAACUGUCGUCAGUAUCAAGGUCUUGUCAGCUGAUGGCAGCAAUUCUCAGGUGUACUAUGUGUUGGUGAUGCGAGAGCAGAUUCCCAUGGCUGUGUCUUUCAGGGAUGUGAAAGAGCAGGUCUCCUAUGAGUGCCCUGUCACUCUGACAGCCCUCUACAGACCCAUAUCCAUCAACCAGAGUGAUCCACAGCACCUGUUCUCAGCCCCCUACAUUGACAUGCUGGCGAGAAGGUCGAAGGUCGACCCGCUAAACGAGUGUCCCCUCGGAGACAGCUGGAAGGUUCUGGAACACGACCUGGAUAAGACCAUGUCUUCUGCGUUGGUCAACUGCUUCUUUGCAUACCGAGGAUGUGAGAGUGUGGUGAAACUGGCUGAAGUGGGGUCACAUGCACUGGAGUGUCCACACAAACCCUCAGCGGACCUGGACCCAAAGGACGUCACUGAGACGAGCUGGUACAAGAAGCAUUUUGCUGCACCCUCGACCUGCUUGGAGAUAGAAACCAAACACACUUUGGAGGUGCGCAACUGGGAGAAGAGACUACAAAAGGCAAUAGGACAGGAUAGUGUCGAUAAUCUGUGUUCCCUGGCCCAGGACAAUCUGAAACUCUACAGAGAGCGUCUGCCCAAACCAGGUGACUUGCAGCAGUAUGAGAAUGGUCAGUCUCCUCUGGACUGUCUGGAGCAGGCUGCUGUCUAUUAUGCCUCAGCCAUCAAGCUGAAGCCCCGAGACCCCAGACUCCACUUCCUCCUGGGGCUGGCCCUGGAGGAGCAACACUAUGCAGCAGAGAUGUACGGACUGAGGAGGAAAUCUGAUGGGGACGUUGAGGACCUGAGCAGUGCCAAGUCCACGGCGCGUCAGGAUGACAUCCUGGCUGUGUGUAAGCUGCAUGGCUUCCCUGGCACGCCUACCAUGGAGAACCAGCUCCAGGCCCUGGACACAGAGUACCACCAGCUGAAAGAGCAGGGCCAGUCAGGCAAAGCAGACUACAUUCAGACCCUGUUCAUCUUCCUCUCCAAGAAGGCAGGAAAGGAUGGCAGUGCGGGCGUGGGGGACGAAGAGAGCUGUAUCCACCGGGCCCUUCUGAAGUACCUGGAUGCCUGGUCGCUGAACCAGGACUUCUGGGAGUACAACCUCCACGUGGGGCGUAUGCUGCUGCUGCAGAAGAGGAACAAGGAGGCACUGCAGCACCUGCAGACCGGAUUGGCCCUGCGGCCCUCACAGCCAGCACUUAGGUUCUUCACAGGUCUGGCUCUACUGCUACAGGAGGAAGCCUCAGAGGCUGUGGAGAAGGAGGCAGCCCUGUUUUUACAACAAGGCCUGGAGCAUGUUAUAGCACAGUCCUGCAACACGGAGAACAACUACAGUGGUUUGGAGCCGAGCGUGACAGACCCUCUGUCCAGUGUGAGAACACAGUUCCUGCGUGGCUGCCUCACCCUAGGUGCCCUCCAACAGAAGAACACUCUCUCUCAGAAGCCAAUGAGCUCAGAGCAGGUCUAUCACACUGUUGUGGUGAUGGCAGCCCGCGGUGUGUGUCGGUGCGUGUGUCGGGACGAGGUGGCCCAGCAGCUGGAGUGGGUGUUGCUAGAUGCCCACUUUGCCCUCCUCCAGAGCCUCAUUCAGCAAAAGAAGGCUGCUGGGUUGACUCAGGGUCAGGGCAAACAGGGAGAGACAGAGAGACAGGCCUGGGUGGCCAAGAGGUGUCAGGCUCUCACAGGUCUGAUCCGCCUCACCUCCAUCCCCGCCUGCAGGGAGCUGAUGGACAUGCAAGAGAAGGUCUGCCAGGUUGCCGUGGUAACGACUCCUCGUGACAGCCACGCGCUGUGUCUCCUGGGGCUGGCCCAGCUGGCUCAGUGUGACAACGACCACGGCUCCCAGAGGUUAGAAGGAGCCGUUGCCAACGCCUGCCUCAGCUUCCAGGCAAGCAUCGAACUGGAGGACAAACCUCAGAGCGGAGAGCCACCCACACAGCUCACCAAGCAGCAGUGGUGGCAGGACAGGCUGGCAGCAGACAAGGAGAAGGCAGUCAAGGGGACAGCCAGCCAGGGAGCGGGGAGGGGUGGCUCUGGGCCUCCUGACACUGCAGUGGCUGCCGGGAGAGGAUGUGGGCGUGGCAUGGGAGGUCCUGCUAGAGGGGGUACUGCGGCUGCAGCCAAGACCCCCACGAGAGGAGGCAAGACUGCCCCUCCAGCCAAAAACACCCCCUCUACUGCCCCUCCAGCCAAAAACACCCCCUCUACUGCCCCUCCAGCCACCGUGUCUCCAUCCAGCAGGGGCCAAGUUGGAGCAGCCAAAACCCCUGGCCCUGCCAAGCCCAGCAGCUCCAAGACCCAGCUCAUCUCCCCCAGCAAGUCUAAACCAGACUGCUCCCCAAGCCCAGCCAAACCUGGGCCCACAGAAGAGUCAGCUGUGGCAGAGAGUGGCAACGUUCUCCCCAAAGCUCUGUUGAACCGUCGAUCCCAUGCCCCUCGCCUCGGCUUGGCCCGCGCCCUCUCCCGCUCCGCAGACAGCCACGACCAGGCACACCAGCUCUACCAGGAGGUCAUCACCAUGGCACCAGAGGUCCACGAUGCGUACAUUGAGCUGGCAGAGAUGCUGGAGCAGUCCGACCCCCUGGCUGCUGUAGAGGUGUACUGUCGGUUCCCCCUGAAGCCCGUCUCAGAGCAGAACUUUGACGACGCCUUCAUCACCGGAGAGAUCGUACGCAUCCUGAUGAAACAAGGCCUCUACGAGCACCCAGAGCUGAGACACAACCUCAUCGCCUACGGGAAAGUCAUGGGCCUGGGUUGCCUUGAGAAAUACAUCAACAUCCUCGAAGGGAAGUUCAUGAGCAGCCUUCUGAAGAGAGUGUAUGCUGGGAUCCAUGACAAAUCAGUGGAAGACAAGGAUCUGCAGGACUUCUUCAAGUUCAAGUGCUGGAUAUGAACUUUCCUUUCAUAAAGAGACUGGCUGUUUAUUCCUUGAUCAAAGUAUGAAUGUAUCUCUUUAGACCAAUAGGCUAAUCACAUCAUCUGUAGACCAAUCGGCUAGUCACAUCAUCUUUAGACCAAUCGGCUAGUCACAUCAUCUUUAGACCAAUCGGCUAGUCACAUCAUCUUUAGACCAAUAGGCUAGUCGACAGAGUGAAACAUCUGUCGUUGUACCCUUGAGCAAGGCAGUUAACCCCCGCCCCCCGACACACGCACAACAACAGCUUCCCAGGCGACCAAUCUGGCAGUCCCCCGCACCACUCCGAUUCAGAUGGGUUGGGUUGAGAGCAGAAGUCAAGUUUCGGUUGGACCUUGUGUAAUUAACUGUAAAACAAAUACAUGUAAACCUUUAAAGAAUAUGAACUGUUACAACUCCUUGGGUUGUGCCGACACUAGGAAAUAUCAUUCACUGCAAAUGAGACCUGUUAAAAUACCCAGUUCAAAAUAAGACAAUACUUUGAUCGUUUUCUCAAAAAGGCCAUUUAAAUCUGGACCACUUCAUCCCCAGUAGACUGUUUUAUAACAGUCACAGUGAGAACAGCAGUA